UCAUUGAUGACUACGUUGGGUUUGGUUGAAGUUAGAGGAAAUAAUCAAUUUUUUUACUCCCACAUGAUUGGGGUACCAAUUUGCCAAUUUCUUUCAUAUCCCUCUCCACGUAUAACUAUAUAUAGUUCUAUACAUAUAUAUACUAUACAGAAGACAAGGUAGGCACAUUUAGACAAAGCACAAUUGGCUCAGCUUCCCUAAAGAAUAUUGACGUGGCCCAAAGCCUCCAUUUCCCAGUAAAUAAGAAUUGGUCGUUGAUCAUUCAUCUUUCUCACCUACAGAAAUAAAUUCAAAGUAAAGUGUUCAGAUUCAGCAGCAAAUACAAGAAGUGUGUAUAGUAUAAUUCAGUUGCAGCACAAUAAGAAAAUCAAAAGAAAAGAUGGGUUUUGUACAACUUUUGGAAGUGGCUUCUAUGCCAGUUAUUCAAGUCUUACUUGUUAGUGCAUUGGGAGCUUUCAUGGCCACUCAGUAUUUCAAUAAUCUUCUUUCACCAGAUUUUAGGAAAUCCUUGAACAAGGUUGUAUUCUUUAUAUUCACUCCUUCUCUUAUAUUUUCAAGUUUUGCCAAAAGUGUUUCACUUCAAGAUAUGAUAUCAUGGUGGUUUAUGCCUGUUAAUGUUGGACUCACCUUCUUAAUUGGAGGGAUUUUAGGAUGGUUAUUAGUAAAAUUACUAAGACCUAACUUGAAAGUAGAAGGUCUUAUUAUUGCUGCUUGUUCAUCAGGAAACAUGGGAAACUUGCCAAUUGUAAUCAUCCCAGCAAUAUGUGAUGAGAAAGGAGGUCCAUUUGGUGCACGUGAUGUUUGUCGCAGUAAUGCACUCUCAUAUGCAUCUUUCUCUAUGGCACUUGGUGGUAUUUUCGUAUGGACCUAUACUUUUCAAACUAUAAGAAGCAGCUCAUUGAGAUUUAAGGCACUUGAGGCUGCUGAGAUCCUAAAGGCACCAAACAAAGAUCUUGAAGGAAAUGUAGAAACUCCCCUUCUAAAGGGAAAAGACGAUGAAAACGCCGUGAUAGAAGUGUUACCGUCGAGUUAUAUUGAAGACUCUGAAAGCCAAAUUGUUAAUGAACAAGAUCAGUCUCAUGAGUCGAAGAAGGAGAAACAAUCAUUUUUUAAAAGAAUAAUAGAAGUUGUAACUCAUCUUCUAGCAGAACUAAUAUCACCUCCAGCAAUUUCUAUAUUUUUCGGUUUCCUCUUUGGAGCGGUUGCAUGGUUAAGGAAGUUAAUAAUUGGAGACAAUGCUCCAUUUAGAGUAAUCCAAAGCACUCUUGAAUUACUUGGGAACGGAACAAUUCCUUGCAUCACGCUUUUGCUUGGUGGUAACCUCACGGCAGGCUUGAAAUCAUCAAGUGUAAAACCAUUGACACUCAUCUGCAUCAUCAUAACCCGGCUUUUCCUGCUACCUGUUAUUGGAUUGUUUAUUGUGAAAGCCGCGGCUAGUUACGGCUUUCUCCCAGUGGAUCCUUUGUUUCAGUAUACAUUGGUGAUGCAGUAUGCAAUGCCACCAGCAAUGAAUAUUAGUACAAUGGCUCAGCUGUUUGAUGUAGGAAAUGAAGAGUGUUCAGUUAUUCUGUUGUGGACAUAUAGUGCUGCAGCCAUAGCUCUCACUGCUUGGUCAACAUUUCUCCUGUGGCUGUUAUCUUAUUGAGUUGCAUUCAGCUUCUGACUUUUUAUACUCUGCCGCCACCGAUGGCGCGCGGCAGAAUGAAAAAGAUGCAGUCAGCAGUAUACUAUCAAAAACCACUCUUCAAGAGAUCUAAGACUUGUUUGGUGUCAUGGUCAUUAUAUGUUGACUGUUAAUCACAAUAAUAUCACUUUGUUUUUAUUUCCCAGUUUUCUAUAGACAACAUUGAAAAUAAUAAAAUGUUUAUUUCAAUGUUUCUAUACUAAACUUUGAAAAAGGAAAUUUUUUUAAAAACAAGAUGAUAUUAUCAUAUUUAAAAGUGGAAAACAGAAAAUAUUUGCCACAAGAGCUUAAGUCUCUUUAAGGUUCUGUGGAUAAUGGCUGUGUGACUAACUACUGAAAACAGUACACAGCAUGCAGAUUUUGUUAACCUCUUUUGUUCCAAUCAAGAUAAGAAAAUGUACUCAUAUAUAUAUAUAAUUUUUUUUUUCAUUUUGAAUUCUUGUAAAAAAAGUUAUCUUGGUUCCUUUUGAAUACCAUUUUCAUGAAA